AUGCAAGGGUCCCAGCCCCGUUCGUCGCGGCCGAACUCCGUGGCGGCUGCGGGAAGCGUGGGCGCGGCGCGGCGGGCGGCCUCCUCUUCUCGACACCGCGCCGACGACCGGAAUCCGUCUGCCUUCGAUGCGUCGCGGACUUCGCGGCCUCUGUCGGCCUCCCACUCUCCCCCCCGCGCUGGGGCGGCCGCCGGGGGGGCCUUCGCCGAGGGCGGCGAGAGAAAGCCCGCGCGCAGCAACGACAGAAGUCAGAGCCGGGGGCCGCUGACCCACAAAGCGACCUCCCUCUCCUUCGCCCCUUCGGCCGUCGCCCUCGCGGGAGACGCCCGCGGCCGCGCGCGCAGCGCAGCCGUUCGUCUCUGCUCGCUGGCUCCCAUGACUGAGUUGAGGCUCGUUCUCGAUGACGUCAAGGAGGCCGAGAUCGGCGGAGGCGCCGCGGAGGCACUCGGGUCGCGAGCGAGUGCGCCAGUCACGAUUCUCAAGGUCCUCCCGUCAGACGGGGGUCACGGGUCGCGUCGCCAGAGGAACCGCGAAGAGCAAGAGGACCCGCACUGCUUGCGCGGGUCGCUGCCUGGCACCGCGGAGAUUUUCGGCUCGGAGCUGCUGCCUGACGUGGACUACGCGCUGCAACCGGGCAGCUGCCUCGCCGUCUUCUCCUGGGGAGGAUGCACUCUGCAGUUGCGAGGCCGCGUCCAGCAGGAGUACACAGCGCCGAACGCGGCGAUGAAGGACUACCUCGCGCUCUCGUCCAUACUUGACGCGCGCCGGCAAAUCGCCGCCCUCCGCCGCGAAGUGGGGCCCCGAGUCCUCGUGGUGGGCAGCAGCUGCAGCGGGAAAAGCUCCAUCUGCUCUGUGCUGGCGAACUACGGAAUCCGCGGCGGAUGGACGCCUGUGUACGUCGAGCUCGAUCCUCGAGGGAGCACGGACAAGCCGCAGUUGCAACUGCCGCCAGGGUGCCUGGGGGCAGUUGUGUUGGAGUCGCUCGACUUUGCGGCGGAGCCUGACUUUCCACUGGUCUACUUUUACGGGCGGACCGAGCCGCCCUCGGCCUCUUCUGACGGCGCCUCGUCGUCCUACGCGGGCGGGGUCGGCGGGAUGCCGAGCGCCGGCAACAACUACUCAAUGUUUGGCGACGCUUCUGGCUUCUUCGAUGCGGAGCAAGACGGCAUGACCAACACCAGGGCGGGCGUCCGCGGCGGCGCGGAGGCCGGCGCAGGGACAGCGGAUCUGUUUGAGUGGCUGUGCGAGUGCCUCAGUUGCGGCGUCUACACGGCCUUCGUGGAUAACCUGCGCCAGAAAAAGGGCAUUGUCAAGGAGGAGGAGGAGAAGGAAGGCGACAUUCAGCGGCUCUUGGCGGCCUCGGGGAUGCUCAUCAACGCGCCCCCGCAGACGAAUCUCUCGCUCGUGACGCGCCUCGUGGACAUCUUCAACGUCGACCUCAUUCUCGUCGUCGACAACCCCAGUCUUCUUCGCGCGUUGCAGGACUUUUACAAAUACGAGGAGCUCGCUUCUGAGAACGCCGCACUCAGUAGUCGCCGGCUCCGGCCCCGCGGCUCCGCGCAGAAAGACGGAGAAGACGCAGAGGUGGCGGGAGACGAAGGCGAGCCCGCCCCGGGUGACGAGGCGGCGCCGACCAAGAGCGCGGAAGGGACGGACUCUGCGCCAGUCGACGGACUCUAUCCGGCGCCGCCGACUGAAGCGAACCCGCAUGACGACGACGAUGAAGAGGAAUACGCGCUAUUCCAGAGUCAGGGCGUGGAAGUUAUUGGUGUAAAGAAAAUGGAAGGCGCUGUCACGGUGGAUAACGCUCGCCUGAGACAGCUGCGCCGAGCGCGCGUUUUGAGUUACUUCCUGGGGCUCGAGGGCGGCAAGCGCCUGCGGCCGCAGACGCUGCGCCUGAGGCUCUCAGACUGCAACCUCGUCCAGUUCGAGGCCGUCAACUUGGCGCCUCUCUCUGCUCUCCCUGCGGACUACGUGCGGUCUCAAAAGCAGUCACCGAUCACAGUCUCGCCGUGGACGGGGAACCCCCUCGCGCUAGCCAACGCCCUCGUCGCCGUCCCCGCGACGCGAGAUCCGGCCUUCGUCAAAUUCGCCAACGUUGCCUGUCUGAUUCACAUUUUCAAAGUCGAGGAAGUCCCAGCCCCUCUCGGCGAAGAAGGCGGCGGAGGGCCGACGUACGUGGCGGAGGUUCACUCGCCUGCGCUGCCGGGGGGGCAGCUGCCCUCAAACAUCAUCAUUGUGCCCGACGACUUGAAGGGAAUGAAGUUUUUCGUGGACUUAAACUGA